UCGGUUGCGUUCCGAAACAAGUUCUGAACAUACUGUGAAUGACGUGUUUUCCGGUACUACUUACCACGUGUAUAGCUUUGUACUUUUGAGUUGUUAACAAUUUUGUUUUGAUUUUAAAAUGAACGAAGAGAGCAAUACUAACCAUUGUGCUUAUUAUAUCACUCGAAAAAAAAGAUAUUGCAGAAUGAGACCUGUAUUGUCUCAUAAAUUUUGUCCUGAACAUUCAUUAUUUGAUGAAGUAUUGCAGAAUAAUGAAUCAACUGCAAGAAUGCCCUGUCCACUAGAUCGUAAACAUACUUGUUUUGUAAAAGGAUUAGAAGAACAUUUAAAGAAAUGCAAUUCAAGGGAAAAAGAAAAACCUAUUUAUUAUCAGAAAAGUAUUAAUGGCAGAAUACUAGGAAAGAAUGAAGAAAAGGUAACAAUUUCUGAAAUAUCUGAUGAAGAACUUACAAAUCUUAUUACAAAAGUCAAGAAGACCUGUAAUGAAUUUUUAAUGCCUCUUGAAAUUGAAGAAAUUUCUCAUCCUGUUUUAAAUUCUGCAUUAAAAGAUAGUAAAAAUGGUCAGCUGGCAAUUAAACAUCUUCGUCAACAAGCAUCCCUCUUAGGUCAUAUGAAGAAUAUGAAACUUUUAUCAAAUGAAACCUGUUUUGUGGAAUUUGGAGCUGGAAGAGGUCAAUUAACUUCCUGGAUUAUUCAAGCAGUGAAUAAUAAAAAUAGUUGUAAAUUUAUUUUAAUUGAUAGAGCAUCACAAAGACAUAAGAAUAAUUAUUUAUUACAAGGGAUAAUAAUGGCUUUAUGCUGUCAUCAUCAAUGUACUUGGCAAACUUAUGUUGGACGUACUUUUUUAGAAGAACAGAAAUAUAAUCAGAGAGAAUUCCAAUUACUUUGUGGGAUAGCAAGUUGGGCAACUUGUGGACGAAUGCCUACACAUUUUGAUUCCAAUGAUGAUGAGUCUAAUAUGGAGAAUAACAACACAGAUAAAAACAGGUAUAGAAGAAUGAAUUUAGACGCAGAUUGCAGAGAAGAAAUUGGCCGGCAAUGCAAAAGAUUGUUAGAUUAUGAAUUUAAAUACAUAAUUUUAUUUCUUUUAAUAGAUUCCAAUGAUGAUGAGUCUAAUAUGGAGAAUAACAACACAGAUAAAAACAGCUAUAGAAGAAUGAAUUUAGACGCAGAUUGCAGAGAAGAAAUUGGCCGGCAAUGCAAAAGAUUGUUAGAUUAUGGCAGAAUGCGGUAUCUCAUAGAUCAUAAUUACGAUGCAAAAUUAAUAUGUUACGUGGAACCUGCUGUAUCGCUGGAAAAUAUUGCUCUUGUUGCAAUAAAUAAAAAAUUAUAGUUAUGUUAUUGAUAUAAA